GGCACCUGCGGCGGCGGGGCCGUGCCGGGGCUCCGGGAGCACCGGGCUCCCCGCGGCAGCAGCGGGGCUCGGCUCGGCGCGGUUCGGCAGCCCCGGGCGGGCAGGGGAAGGGGCAGGAACGGCGGGCACAGAGCUCCGCAGCCCCGGCGGGCGGAGGGAACCGGGAGCCCCGAGCCCGCAGCAUCCUCCUCUGCUGAGCAGCGUGCUGGAAAGGGCUGGCUGAGUAAUAUUUAACAGGAAAAGAACUGGAAAGCUCAGAGCAUUGUGUUACAGUUCAUUGAGUGUCUCCAGCACAGAACAAAACUACACUGCUUGCAUUAUUUGGGAACACGCUGAAGCUGCUGACAGGUUUGAAUGGUGGUUUCUGGCUUUUCCCGCAGACUCAAGAUGACGACGGCCUCACCACUGACCAAYAACACUCAGCUCUCAGUGAAUGUGACCACAAAGUCUCAAGAACAAAGUCUCUAUCAAAGCUCUGGAGCAAUAGUUGCWGCCAUCGUGGUGGGGGUGAUUAUUAUUUUCACAGUGGUUCUGCUCAUCUUGAAAACAUACAACAGGCGAAUGCGAGUGCGGCGGGAGCUGGAACCCAAAGCCUCCAAGCUGGCAGUGCCACCUCCCCUGGGSCACAACAGCCACAGCCUGUGCCAGCAGCCCACGGUGACAUUCAUCCCUGUGGACAUCCACAUGCAGAGCAGGUAA